CAACGGCUGCAGAAAAGUCACAAGACCAGUCAGCUGAAUUUCGGUCGUGUCGCAGUAGUGUGAAAAACACUGGGUAAUAUUUGAUAGAUUUUCAUAAAUUCUGUGCUUGAAUUUGUGUGUGCCGAGCGUCGUCGCAAGAAAGCCUUCAAAAUGACUACCGCCUUGUAUUUGCCCGAGGAGAACAUUGAUAUGAUUGCUGCCACCUCGGUGCUGCAGCAGCAGGCGGCGGACAUCCGCACGAGGGCGAUCAACUGGGCAUCCUACAUGCAGUCGCAGAUGAUCAGCGAGGAGGACUACAAGGCGAUCAGCGCUCUGGACAAGUCACGCGCCAGCUACUUGGCCACGAACUCCAGCCAGGUGGUCAAGACCCUGCUCAAUCUUGUCUCGCAUCUAUCCAAGGACUCCACCAUCCAGUACAUACUCGUGCUGCUCGACGAUCUGCUGCAGGAGGAUCGCUCCCGGGUGGAUCUGUUCCACGAGACGGCCGGCAAGCUGAAGCAGUGCAUCUGGGGUCCGUUCCUCAACCUGCUGAACCGCCAGGAUGGCUUCAUUGUCAACAUGGCGUCGCGCAUCCUCGCCAAGUUCGCCUGCUGGGGCCAUGAGACCAUGCCCAAGUCCGAUCUGAACUUCUAUCUGCAGUUCCUGAAGGAUCAGCUGGCCAGCAACGGCUUAGCCUAUCUGCAAGAGAUGGCCCAGCUGGCCAAGCGGACACAAACGAUCAUUGUGCACACGCAUGGACAGCAUGGCAAAGACAAAGACCACCAUGGCCACCAGUACAGUCCCACUCUGGCCCAGCUGCAGCAGCAGCACCAGCUGGCCGAGGGGGCCAACGAGAGCUAUCGGGAGGUGGGCGGUAGCAGUGACCACCAGCAGCAGGACGGCAAAUGCGUGAUACCGAACAACGAAUACAUCCAAUCGGUGGCCCGCUGCCUGCAGAUGAUGCUCCGCGUGGAUGAGUACCGAUUCGCCUUCGUGGGCGUCGACGGCAUCAGCACUCUGAUCCGCAUCCUCUCGACCCGUGUCAACUUCCAGGUGCAAUACCAGUUGAUCUUCUGCCUGUGGGUGCUGACCUUCAAUCCCCUGCUGGCCGCCAAGAUGAACAAGUUCAGCGUGAUCCCCAUCCUGGCCGAUAUCCUCAGCGAUUGUGCCAAGGAGAAGGUGACCCGCAUCAUCCUCGCUGUCUUCCGCAAUCUGAUCGAGAAGCCAGAGGAUACAUCGGUGGCCAAGGACCAUUGCAUCGCCAUGGUCCAGUGCAAGGUGCUGAAGCAGCUAUCCAUUCUCGAGCAGCGUCGCUUUGACGACGAGGACAUCACCGCCGACGUGGAGUACCUCAGCGAGAAGCUGCAGAACUCUGUGCAGGACCUGAGCUCCUUCGAUGAGUACGCCACUGAGGUGCGCAGCGGUCGCUUGGAGUGGUCGCCUGUCCACAAGUCGGCCAAGUUCUGGCGUGAGAAUGCCCAGCGCCUGAACGAGAAGAACUACGAGCUGCUGCGCAUCCUUGUCCACCUGCUGGAGACCUCCAAGGACGCCAUCAUCCUCUCCGUCGCCUGCUUUGAUAUCGGAGAGUAUGUGCGUCACUAUCCCCGCGGCAAGCAUGUGCUGGAGCAGCUGGGUGGCAAACAGAUCGUGAUGCAGCAUCUGGGACACGAGGAUCCCAAUGUGCGAUACGAAGCCCUGCUGGCCGUGCAAAAGCUGAUGGUACACAACUGGGAAUACCUGGGCAAGCAGCUGGAGAAGGAGAACGAGAACCAGAAACAAGGUUCCGCACCCAUCACUGGCAAGGCCUAAGUGGUCCAAUCAAAUCAGUCAUCCAUGCACAGGCACACAACAAAUAUUCUAGCCAGGCCGCCAGCCUGAUACCUUAACUAACAAUAAGAGUCGCGGAGGGAUCUAUAUCUCCAGCCUGAUCCCUCACCUCUCCACCACACUUACAAUGAUGUUUGUUCUUGCUACCUUAAGCGCAUGUUUGUUCCCCGUUUAAACUAAGUUCUUGUUUAGCCCAUACCUCCGACCACGCCCAUUUACGCCCUCGGUCCAUAAAACGUAUUGAGAGAACAAUUCGAUUUUUUGUUGGCAUUCCAAAAAAGCAAUUCACUGUAAUGGCAGAGCAAAUACAAACGUCUAUCCUCUAGGAUUGUUCCGUUCAAUUCGAUUGUUUAUAUUUUGUUGUUAUUAUUAUUUGUGUUCUUAAUAUUAUGUGUGCGCCGCUGUACAGAGUUUUUUCUAAACCAGAUGAUAUGCACUUCUUUUGUAUUAUAAUCGCGUCAGCGCACCCACAACUAAACAAAAAAAAAACAAAACUAAAGAAAACAAAAAUAUAUUGUAUAAACCUAUCAAGUAUUUCUUUCAUUUAAAACUAAAUCAAAUAAGCAUAAUUGAAAUGAAAAAUAUGUAAUGCAUAAUAAAGUUGUUAUUAAAGUGUA